AUGUCUGCUCAUGAUGAGGACAAGAAGAAGGUCAACCUGACCGACCCCUCAGGUGCCGAAAUUAAGAACGAGGACGAUGUGUCUACAGCCAUCCUCAAGAAGAAGAAGAAGCCCAACCAGCUGAUGGUCACCGAUGCCGUCAACGAUGAUAACAGCAUCAUCGCUCUCUCCGAGGCCACCAUGGAUGCUCUCCAGCUCUUCCGUGGUGAUACCGUCCUGGUCCGUGGAAAGAAGCGCAAGGACACCGUCCUGAUCGUCCUCGCUGAUGACGAGCUCGAUGACGGCAGCGCCCGCAUCAACCGUGUUGUCCGCCACAACCUCCGUGUCAAGCACGGUGACAUGAUUACCAUCCACCCUUGCCCCGACAUUAAAUAUGCCAAGCGCAUUGCAGUCCUCCCCAUCGCCGAUACGGUCGAGGGCAUCACCGGCUCCCUGUUUGACGUCUUCCUUGCCCCCUACUUCCGUGAGGCCUACAGGCCCGUCCGCCAAGGCGAUCUCUUCAUCGUUCGUGGUGGUAUGAGGCAGGUCGAGUUCAAGGUGGUCGAGGUCGACCCCCCGGAGUAUGGCAUUGUCGCCCAGGACACCGUCAUCCACUGCGAGGGUGAGCCCAUCCAGCGCGAAGAGGAGGAGAACAACCUCAACGAGGUCGGCUACGACGACAUUGGUGGCUGCCGCAAGCAGAUGGCCCAGAUCCGUGAGAUGGUGGAGCUCCCUCUCCGUCACCCUCAGCUCUUCAAGUCGAUCGGCAUCAAGCCCCCCCGUGGUGUCUUGCUGUACGGCCCCCCCGGUACCGGUAAGACGCUCAUGGCCCGAGCUGUCGCCAACGAGACCGGUGCCUUCUUUUUCCUCAUCAACGGUCCCGAAAUCAUGUCCAAGAUGGCCGGUGAGUCUGAGUCGAACCUGCGCAAGGCUUUCGAGGAGGCCGAGAAGAACUCGCCCGCCAUCAUCUUCAUCGAUGAGAUAGAUUCCAUCGCUCCCAAGCGUGAGAAGACCAAUGGUGAGGUGGAGCGCCGCGUCGUCUCCCAGCUCCUCACCCUCAUGGACGGUAUGAAGGCCCGCUCCAACGUGGUCGUCAUGGCCGCCACCAACCGCCCCAACUCGAUCGACCCGGCCCUCCGUCGCUUCGGCCGCUUCGACCGCGAGGUUGACAUUGGUAUCCCUGACCCUACCGGCCGUCUCGAGAUCCUCCAGAUCCACACCAAGAACAUGAAGCUUGGCGACGACGUCGACCUGGAGCAGAUUGCCUCCGAGACGCACGGUUACGUCGGUUCCGAUGUUGCCGCCCUCUGCUCCGAGGCCGCCAUGCAGCAGAUCCGUGAGAAGAUGGACCUCAUUGACCUCGACGAGGACACGAUCGACGCCGAGGUUCUCGACUCGCUCGGUGUCACCAUGGAGAACUUCCGCUUCGCCCUCGGCGUCUCAAACCCCUCGGCUCUCCGUGAGGUUGCCGUCGUCGAGGUCCCCAACGUCCGCUGGGAGGACAUUGGUGGCCUCGAGGAGGUCAAGCAGGACCUCCGCGAGCAGGUCCAGUACCCCGUCGACCACCCCGAGAAGUUCCUCAAGUUUGGUCUCUCGCCCUCCAAGGGUGUCCUGUUCUACGGCCCCCCCGGUACCGGUAAGACGCUGUUGGCCAAGGCUGUCGCCAACGAGUGCGCUGCCAACUUCAUCUCCGUCAAGGGCCCUGAGCUUCUGAGCAUGUGGUUUGGUGAGUCGGAGAGCAACAUCCGCGACAUCUUCGACAAGGCCCGUGCCGCCGCUCCUUGCAUCGUCUUCCUGGACGAGCUCGACUCCAUCGCCAAGGCCCGUGGUGGCUCGAAUGGUGACGCCGGCGGUGCCUCGGACCGUGUCGUCAACCAGCUCCUGACUGAAAUGGAUGGUAUGACCUCGAAGAAGAACGUCUUCGUCAUCGGUGCUACCAACCGUCCCGAGCAGCUCGACCCCGCCCUAUGCCGCCCUGGCCGUCUGGACUCGCUCAUCUACGUCCCCCUGCCUGACGAGGCCGGCCGUCUCAGCAUCCUCAAGGCCCAGCUGCGCAAGUCACCCGUCGCCUCGGACGUCGACCUCGGCUACAUUGCUGCCAAGACGCACGGUUUCUCCGGCGCCGAUCUGGGAUUCAUCACGCAGCGCGCCGUCAAGAUCGCCAUCAAGGAGGCCAUCACGGCCGACAUUGAGCGCACCAAGGCUCGCGAAGCGGCCGGUGACGACAUGGACGUUGAUGACGAGGCCGAAGACCCCGUGCCCGAGCUGACCAAGAACCACUUCCAGGAGGCCAUGCAGGCGGCCCGCAAGUCGGUGACGGACGUCGAGGUGCGCCGCUACGAGGCCUUUGCUCAGCAGAUGAAAAAUGCCGGUCCCGGAGCCUUCUUCAAGUUCCCCGAGGCUGGUGCCGGCGGUGAUGCCGGCGGUGAAGCUGGCAACUCGUUUGGUGAUGCCGGUAACGACGAUGACCUCUACGACUAA